GAAAUUAAUUGCUCAACUGGGCCUAGCGCGCAAUUUCUCAUCCUCGCCUAGUUAGGGACAACUUCAAACCUAAAAACACCCACCCACAAACGCCCUCAAACGCAAACCCACAAACGCCCUCCUGUAAACGCCUUCCUGCAAAUGCUCUCCUGCAAACGCCCUCUCCUACAAGCGCUCUUUCCUACAAACGCCCUCCCUCCCCCAAGUCUACAGGAUAGAGCCAUUUUCGGCCAAGCGAGCUAGACCCCUAAGUAUGGCGAAAGCUACUCUAAUAAUAAUAAAACCCAAAAGCCCCUAGACGCUUAUCGACUCACCGCCUUGACAACUUUCUCCUAGUGCAUGAUUGCAUCAACAAACUCGUUUCCUUUGACCUUCAUUACCUGGUACCACUGCUUGCGUAAUUUAAUUAGAAAGUGCCGCCAUAGAAGUUGAUGCUGGCUUCGACAUGGUCCCCUUGUCUAUCUGAAGGAGUCGUUGAUAGACACAAAUGGAACCGGUUUAUCGGCUUCAUCAAGAACCAUUAUAAAGACGAUAGCCAGGUCGAGAUAAAACCGAAUUACAUCCUAUUCAAAGCUGGGGAACACCCUAUACUUCCUUUUGAGGGCCACAAAUUCCUGCAUUUCAGUUCGAAAGUUUCGGGGAUCAUCGCAGUGGCUACAAGAGUAGCAAGCUAUAUCAACACUAUUACCAGAAUUUCAAAGGUUCACUUCGGCUCCCGUGUCCAGUACUGGGACGAAGGUGCCGACCAGUAUGGCAAUUACGACGGGAAUGAACGAGACGAGCCUGAGAUCAAUACCAGCAUCGCAUCUCUCCUCACCGGUACUAAUCCCAUCAAAGAGCUUGGCAUCCCACUUUUCGAAAUUAAGGACAUUCCCGGAAAAGGCAAAGGUCUCAUUGCCCUUCUUACGGCUCAAUCCAUGCCGCCCAAUGAGUUGGAGUUGAUCUUCGCGGCCAGGCUAAGGGCUCGUCGCAACAAUAAUUUUUGUCCCUCUAUAAUAACUGCCCGGGAAAAGCAUCCGUUUAACAACACUUUUAAGACUAAUGCUCUACCCUGUGGCGCAGGCUCAGUGGUAGGUGGAGUCAACCCUACGAUUUGCCUCAUUAACCACAACUGUAUUCUAAACUCUUAUAACAACUGGGAUAGUAACGCGGAGCACGAAACCAUCUACGCGAUCCGGCCAAUCAAAACCGGAGAGGAGGUCACAAUCUCGUAUAAUCACGGAGGUACUUUAAUUGUACGACGUGCCUUCCUGAAAGAAGCCUUCGGUUUCGAUUACAAUUGCCCUAGUAACAGCCGUCGUUUACUGAUUCAAGACCUCGACGAUGCCAUCGGAGAUCUAUUCCGCAUGCAGAUUAGGCCGAAGGAGAGUCUGAGUGACUGCCACUCGCUGCUUCAAGUCCUUCAAGAGGAAUAUGACGGGUAUGCUAGGGCGCUCAUCGCCAGGCUCUAUUACGACGCCUUUUAA